AUGGACACUGUUCCCGCGGCAGUAAUGCAAAGCGGCAAACUGCACCUGGCAACCACCGUCGCGGAAAUCGUGGCCCACGACGCUGGAGGAGUAGAGAGAUUCGUAAACACCACGUCAGUAAGCACCGCUCGCGGGAGAAGGGAGACAACCGCGGGCACCGCGGGCGGGCACCGCGGGAAGGGAGUGCUGCACCCUUCUCGUCAAAACACCACAGGCAAGUACCGAGCUCUGCAGAGAUGGAUUGAUGCGAGGAAACUCGCCGCUCGGAAAAUACUGAAGAAAGCACACCCGCUACGCGAGGCGGACCGAGAGAGACACGAGACCGCAGCGGCCGUCAAGGCGGCUGCGAAGAAGGAGGCACGAGAGGGCGGCCUACCGUUCGGCACGUUCAACGUACGCACGCUCGCCUACAGCGGUAGGAACCCCAUCGGUCACAACGUGAUGACGGUCAUGCAGAUUUGUUCCGCGACCGGCUGUGAUGUGAUGGAACUUCACGAAAGCCGACGAGAGGGGCAAGGUUCAAUUGCACACGACGGGUACGUGAUCAUCUGGAGUGGCGCCCGUGCUGGCACCAAGGACAAGAGGGGCGUACACGGUGUGGGCAUAGCGAUCAAGGAGGCCAUGUGGGAGAGUGUGGGCGAGGAAGGUAGGACGGUGGAGUGCAUUAGCCCGAGGCUGAUGAAGGUGCGUCUACAAAUUGGCCGCACCUGCGGAGUAACUUUCGUGGUGGGGUACGCCCCCACGGAAACUGUCCGCACCACCGCGGGCGGUGACGUUAACGCCAAGGACUCCUUCCGGGCUUCUCUCGACGCAGCUAUCCGGGAGGUUCACAGCUGUGACCAUCUCGUGGUGCUAAUGGACGCCAACGCACGUACUUGUAGGAGGCGAGACGGGUGCUGCGAUGCCAAGAUUAUGGGCGCGUACGGACGCGACAUUAUGAACAACAACGGGGAACGACUCCUUGGACUGGCAUCAGACAACCAACUCUCCCUGACUAACACCUACUUCCGGACACCGAAAGGUGGAAGGCAGCACACAUUCCAGAGCUCGGACAAGGGGAAGGAGAAGAAACGCCUCGAAUUCAUCGUCAUGCGUCAGACGGACCGGCGUUUCGUGCGUAUUGCCUCCGUCAAACGUGUCGACUUCAAGGACUCUGACCACAACCUCGUGCUAACGACUGUCCGCUUCCCCCCCCGUGUCGCACCCAACCGACGAGUGCUGGGGAACAGCGGAAGCAGCCGGAUCCGUAUCGACCUCGAGCGGUUAACGAAGGACAAACACUUACGGGUCCCAUUCCAAAACAGGGCCUCCAGCCGCCCACCGCCCACGGCGCUCAGGUGGCCAAUGGGAGAGAGCGCCGCCGAGCUGACGGCUACGGCAGGCUGCGAGGAAACCAUCGAGGCCACCGUGCGCAAACGGAGACUGUGUUUCGCGGGCUUUGUUAUGCGCAUGGAGGACAACGGCCUCCCCAAGCGCAUGCUGUUAGGAGCGAUGGCGGGGGGGUUGGGAUACCGGGGCGGGCAGGAGAGCGACUGGGUGUCUCGUCUAGGAGCGGACCUCGUGGCCUUCAACAUGGGAAACGAAAAUGAAGGGGGGGAAAUAGAAAGGGAUCGCCAAGGACCCGGAGGUGUGGUACAACAAGGUCGAGGACGGGGCGGCAUGGCUCAUGAGGAAAUGGCACAGGCAGGAGGCGGAAGCGUCCGCGAAGCGCCAGCGCGCGAGGGAAGCAGAAGCAGAGAGUGCGGCCAUCUCAGGACCGAAGAGAAAAAGAGUCGGGGAAGCGGCGGUGGGGGGGAAGAAACGGCGACCGGGCACUGCUGUAGAAGCGAGUAGGGCGGCCGAGGCAGCACUUGUGGCGAACCAUGUACCCGGGUGAUGUUGUUGCGCCCUGUUUCCCUCCCUGCUGUAUGCUAUACUCCUUUGUGUGUGUCCUUUGUAUUGCCUUCGGCCUCUGUGCUGUGUUUCUUUUUGUCAUUUUUUUUCAUGUCCUCCCUGCCUACUCUGCUGUGUUGGGUACCUGAUCUCGCUUUUGCUGUUGCUUUUGUUUUUUGUACAUCUGGCUGUCUGCCCAUCUGCCGCCUCUUUGUCCUGUUUGCUCCGUUACUCCCAUGCCCUGGUGCGUAGUGCCUGGUGCUGGUACGUUAACCUUUUCUUUAGGCGGGUGUGGGAAGCGUCCUCCUUUAUUUUUGUUUUUGUUUUAUUUUGAUCGGUUUCCGAGGGCUCUUUUCUCGAACGGUCGGUGCAGUAUCUGUUA